GCGGCAAGAAGAUUCGCUUUGAUGACAACGAAAGGAUUUUUUUGUGUGGCGUAGCUGCAUCAGUUGCUUUCGUAUGUUGCGUUUGCGCUAGUUGUGCAGCAAGAAUGUUGGCACGUUGUGCUCGCCGGCCUCUUGGCCUUGCUGUUCGACCCGUUUUUAUUCGAUAUGCUGGAUCCACUGCGGCUGCCGCACAGGACGCUCCGACGCAAGUUGUCCCGGCUCAGCGAAAGUAUGUGUUCGAAUUGCUGCCCAAUGUGAAGAAGGGAUUUUUCGGCAGCCAGCUAAGUGAGUUCAUGGGAGAACGCCUGGGCGUAACAGGCAGCUGGACGCUUGGAUUUGGUUUGACGACUUACCUUUGGUCCAAGGAAUGGAUUCUGUACAACGGCGAAACAUGUUUAAUCAUUCCACAGCUUGGUGUACUCUACGUCUGUGUCAGCAAGCUUGCUAGCUUUACAUCUGAUGGUGCUGAGAAGGCUAACACACACAUUUUCAAUCGCCUGUACAACCGCAAGGAUGCAGUAGCAGAUAUCUUGCAAACUGGCAUUACGGCAGCCAAUGACGUUGAGGCGGAGGUGUCGGUUCGCACGGAUGUGUUUGAUAUUCUCCGCACCAACGCCUCAAUGUACCGAGACACGCUGUACCGGGAGAGAGCCGCUGCCCUCAACAACGAGGUUCUCAAGCGCCUUCAGCACCAAGCUGAGCUUGAGGCUGCACGGCGGCGCAUUAAGCAGACACACAUGAUCACCUGGAUUCAGCGUGAAGUGGUGAAGGACGUCUCGACAACUCUGGACCACACCGCUAUGAUGGACUCGUGUCUGGAUGAGCUGAAGGGAGCCGUCGACAUGGCCGUAAAGGAGAAGGCUGUCGCAUGAAGUGAGUGAAGCAAUCGUCCACUCUCAAGUUCUGUUUGUGUUCUAUCAUUAUUAUUAUUGGUUCUUUUUUUCAUUGCAGUAUGCCACCUAGGUUUUAGUGCUUGUUUUCUAGUUGUCUUUGUUAUGCAAUGGACCAUGUAGUUCUCUGAGGUGGGCGGGGGUUGCCAUUAAUUUGGUGAUCUGGAAUUGUAGAAAAUCCGUGGCAUCGCCAUUGUAUUCGAAGCCCUUUAUCUGCCUUGUAUGAUCUUGUUUGCUCAGUUCGAGUCCCGUAAACCGUCAUGCAAGUGUCGGAGUAACUUUAUUAAAAUAAUGUGAUGGGCUCUGCAUACCUAUUUUGUGUGCAGGCUUGCCAACUCAGUAAUAGAGCUGUAUCGAUGA